CACUGAAUUUUUGUUAUAGGUUCUUGAGAUGAAGUCAGAAUUUCCCGUGCUGAGCUGCCUAGGUACUGAGGUGCUGUGGUUGUUGGAGGGGUUAAAGUUGGAGCCAUUGAUGCAUAUAUAUUAGGGAGGAUUCAUAAAAACACGACAGUGGAGCCUGGGUCAGUCCAUUACUAUGACUGAGCUGUGACCAAUAGAAAGGGACGAAGAAGCUCCAAGAAAACUGAGCAAACUUCAGACCCAGACACAGGACUCAGCGAUACAUUCCUGGACAGCAAGGUACUAUAAUGGCAACCACAAUCUGUUUCAUCAUCUGGGUGUUAUUCAUAACAGAUACUGUAUGGACUCGAAGUGUGAGACAGGUUUAUGAGGGAAGUGAUCCAGAGGACUGGACGGUGCAUGACUUCGAUUGUCCCAGGGAAUGUUUCUGUCCCCCCAGUUUCCCUACUUCUUUGUACUGUGAAAAUCGAGGUCUCAAAGAAAUCCCUGCUAUACCAUCAAGGAUCUGGUAUCUUUAUCUUGAAAACAACCUGAUAGAAACCAUUCCUGAGAAGCCAUUCGAGAAUGCCACCCAGCUGAGAUGGAUAAAUCUAAACAAGAACAAAAUAACCAACUAUGGAAUUGAAAAAGGAGCCCUGAGCCAACUAAAGAAGCUGCUUUUCUUAUUUCUGGAAGACAAUGAGCUAGAGGAGGUACCUUCUCCAUUGCCAAGAAGUUUAGAACAACUGCAAUUAGCUAGAAACAAGGUAUCCAGAAUUCCUCAAGGGACUUUCAGCAAUCUAGAGAACCUGACCCUUCUUGACCUGCAGCACAAUAAACUAUUGGACAAUGCCUUUCAAAGAGACACCUUCAAGGGACUCAAGAACCUCAUGCAACUAAAUAUGGCUAAGAACGCCCUGAGGAAUAUGCCACCAAGAUUACCAGCCAAUACAAUGCAGCUGUUUUUAGACAACAAUUCCAUAGAAGGAAUACCAGAAAAUUAUUUUAAUGUGAUUCCUAAAGUGGCCUUCCUGAGACUCAACCACAACAAAUUAUCAGAUGCUGGUCUCCCUUCAAGUGGUUUUAAUGUAUCAUCAAUUCUAGAUCUUCAAUUGUCUCACAACCAGCUCACAAAAGUCCCCCGAAUCAGUGCUCACCUGCAGCACCUUCACCUCGAUCAUAACAAAAUUAAAAACGUGAACGUCUCUGUAAUAUGUCCUACCCUUCCUACCACACUGCCUGCAGAACAAGAUUCCUUCAGUUACGGACCUCAUCUUCGCUACCUCCGUCUGGAUGGAAAUGAAAUCAAACCACCAAUCCCCACAGAUUUAAUGACCUGCUUCAGGCUCCUUCAGGCUGUCAUUAUUUAAACAUGUCGUCAACAAUCUUAAGUUGAUUUAGUGAGCUAAUAGUUCUGACAUGAAAUGACAUGGUUACCAUUCAUAGGUUUAAGAUAAAAAUCACAUUUCUAAUGGUUUGUGGCCACCAUUUUUAUUUGUGUAGCUGAUUUUUUUCUAUUCAAAGUUGCUUUUGCCAAUGAUAUGUAGCACAGCCUGCUUCUCUUUGAUUAAUAAAACAGACACAGAGUUAAGAUAGUUUAUCAACUCAAAGAUAGUUUCUUUUUGUCUUUUUCACAGCUUACUAACACCAAGUAACGCAAAUACACUGUUAUGGGAUAGAAAGCACAUAUUCGUUUGCAAACGUUCAAAAUUACUUAUGCAGAUACUGUAUUUAGAGUAUAAACACAGUACUCUAACAGGAGG